AAGUGCAAGUAACUGGUUCAACUCCGCGUUGGGACAUUCAGCUAUUGUGCGUUUUGGGGAGGGAACUCGAAAGUCUCAGCGUUGUUAUACUUCAAUGAAAGGACGCGGAAGUAAACAGUCUUUAACGGAUUUGUUUUUACGAAUAUGACGUUUUCCUUUUGAUGCGAACUUGCGAAAUGUUGACUGAAAUUAUGAUCUCGUAGGCAAAGCCCUGGCUGGCUGCGUAAAUUUCCCGAACUCUUGUGACUGUCAACGCGUGGCUCUUUACAUGAGAUAAAGGUAAACAUUAACACAUGGUGAAUGCUACGAACUACCGAAACAAGAAUUGUUCUCUCCUCAGCUUCGUGACAGAAGACCGACUGCAGUCCUAUUCCAACUCUUUGACCCUUCCACCGCUCGCCAUGGAAGCCAGAGGAAAGUAUGAGUUUAAUGCUACGGCUGAGGAUGAGCUGAGCUUCCGAAAGGGAGACAUCCUGAAAAUUCUAGGUAGUCAAGAUGAGUGGUUUAAGGCAGAGCUGCAUGGACAGGAAGGCUUUGUGCCCCAAAACUACAUUGAAAGACAAACCCCAAGCUGGUUCAAGGAGACGGCAAGCCGCAGCUCUGCUGAGGAGCUCCUGAUGUCUAGGGAGGUGGGGGGAUUCCUGAUCCGUGGCAGUCAGAGCUCCCCUGGAGAAUUCUCCAUCUCUGUCAGACAUGAGUUUGACGUGCAGCAUUUCAAAGUGAUGAAGGACAGCAAAGGCCACUACUUCCUGUGGUCAGAGAAGUUCACUUCCCUCAACAAGCUGGUGGACUUCUACAAGAACACCUCCAUCUCCAAGCAACGGGGCAUCUACCUUAGAGACGGUAGCCGGGAUGACCAGAGCCCAUCCGCACCCCAACCGUUGAAGAGGGGGAGUCUACCUGAGGAGAGGAGCUAUGGGGCCCCUACUGCAGCCACGUCACACCGCAGGGCCUCAGACCUUCCUCACAGUCAGCAGAGUAAGAGACCUGGGAUGGAGGAGAGGGCUCACACCAUAGGCACUCCUGGUAGAAACACCCCCCUAACCUCUCUCGCAGCCCCCCAAAAGACAUCUGAAACUAUACCUCAUUCACAGAGGGCAGUCAUACAGGUGAAAGCAGUGUACGACUUCACAGCGGAGGAAGGGGACGAGCUAGGCUUCCGUGCAGGUGAUGUCAUUGACAUUUUGGAUCACUCUGAUCCAUCGUGGUGGAAAGGAAGAUUGCGGGGUAAAAGUGGUCUGUUCCCUGCCAACUAUACCACACCUUUAUGAGGAAAGCUUAGAGAGAGAGUUGUUGCUCUUUGGGCUUCUCCAAUCAUAUGGACUGUGAUGAUAAGAGUUGGGCAACACACAGAAACUUCAGCAGCCCAAACUAUAGGACUAAAAAGAAAUUGGUUCACAGUUGAUUUCUGAUAACAUAUGCUCACACAUUUAUUUUAAUUUUAAAGCUGGUGCUCAGCAUAAUACAAUUGACAUACCUAAAUGACAUUGAUUUAUAAGCAGAGGUGGACUUACCAUUAGGCAGAAGAGGCAAUUGCCUCAGGCCUCACAUCAUCAAGGUGCCUUCUGAGCUGGGCAUAAUAAUAAAAAAUCUUCUUUUUUUCCUCAAUAAUGUCUCUGCAUGAGACCCCACAACUGGUUUAUAAUAAUGGACUAUUCCAACUCUAUAGAGUUCCCGUGCAUUGUUUCACGCGAUAUGAUUGCAAAUUUGACUUUCAUUGUAAUUAAGCUGUAUCAAUGAGGUGCUUUCACAGCCGGAUAGAGAAAUGUGCAAUUAAUGCAACCAGUGAAAAUAAAGAGAAAGAAAGAAGAUUUAACAGAAAAAAUGUUGUAAGUUAAUGCGUUUCUUUAGUCAAAAGACAAGUGCUGCAUGUAAUACUGACAUUGUCAUUGAGGCAGAAGACAUGUAUGUGUAGACAAUGUAUCUGAUGUAAUCUGGCCAAACAGAGCAUGGCAUGUCAUUCGCUUUUUGGCCAGACAGAAUCAGAUACAUUGGAAGCAUAUAGAAAGACAGGGGCGUUGUUUGGCUCACUAGGAUAAUCGGAUCAUCUCCAGUGAGAUAGUUUGUCACUUGCAAAUUGAAGGAAAUUGUUUGGAUGCUACUUUAAGAAGUGAUUGUUUGACAAUCAGAUGGAAACAUCAUGACCUGUUGUGUUAAUUUUAAUCACAACCACCGCCCCCACAGGAGGCCUUUUGCCUUUUGGUAGGCCGUUAUUGUAAAUAAGAAUUUGUUCUUAACUGACUUGCCUAGUUAAAUAAAGGUUACAGGUUAAACAAAAAUGACACAUUAAAAUGUCAUUUCUUUUGACAGUCUUUACUCUAAAACCCAUAACAAAAUGUUGUGCACCCAAAUCACUAAGUCCGCCCCUGUUUGUAAGGGAACUUCCACAACCCAACUACAGUGUCAUAUCCAUUGGAGGUUGAAAACUGGGAGCUUUGCUGCCACACAUUUACUGUAUGGUACUACACUUUUUGUAUUGCUACCUUUUUGUAUUGUUUGUAGCGCUUGCUUUUAAUUGUAAGGUCUCCAUAGCAAAUGAUGUCUUGUUAGUGAACUUCCAAAUUUACAAUGUCAGUUUGGGUAUGCUUGUCAUCUGUCUAAAUUAAAACAAUGAUGUAUAUAAACCCUGGCUUGCUGAUGCUAUGUAUUGGCCAAUGUGAUGCUUUGAAGCCACCGGUCGGCCAUAUUGUCACUCCUCAAAAGCAGUCUUCCAUAGGAAUACUUCAGUAUUUAAUUUAAAUGUUUUUAGGACAAAAUGACAUGUAUUUUUUGUUGUAGUUGAGAAAGUAUUUUCAAAAAAUUACUCUAAUGAUCUGACACUGAGAACUACACUCCUGACCUGCAGUGUUGGGUAAUGGUGAACUACAUGUAAUUCAACUAGUAAUUUAACUACAUUUUGGGGUAGCUCAGUGGUAGUUGAACUAAAUUCAAUCUAGGUAGUGUUUUCAGUAGUUAUUAAUUUUUUUUUGCAAUGUAACUACUGGAAAUACACACUACUUUUUAUUUAAAAUAAAGUAAAAUAUGAGUGAAGUAGGCAAUCGUUUCCAUUCUUUUUCAGCAUCAGAUUUGCCUAAUCCAAUUACUUUAGCAUGACAUUGCAAAAAAAAAGGAAUUAACUACUGAAAACACUACCUAGAUUUGAAUAUAGUCUUGCAAUUUGUAGUCUAUGACAUUUCAGAUUUACAUAUGAUAAUUUUUCACAAACAAGUUUGGAUGUAGUAAACUACAUUUCAAAGUAACUUUAGUUACGUAAACUAUAUUUUCCUUAAGGGAAUCAUUAGUGUAGCUUAACUUCUUCCAGAGUGAAGUAAUUAGUGGCUUGGUAAACUAGCCUACAGUACCAGUCAAAAAUUUGGACACACCUACUCAUUCAAGGUUUUUCUUUAUUUUGUACUUUGUAUAAUACUAGUGAAGACAUAAAAACUAUGAAAUAUCACAUAGGAAAUCAUGUAGUAUGCAAAAAAACAGUUUAUUCAAAGUAGCCACUCUUUGCCUAGAUGACAGCUUUGCACACUCUUGGCAUUCUCUCAACCAGCUUCACCUGGAAUGCUUUUCCAACAGUCUUGAAGGAGUUCCCACAUAUGCUGAGCACUUGUUGGCUGCUUUUCCUUCACUCUGAAACGUUAAACGUUCUUGACAUUUUCCGGAUUGACUGACCUUCAUGUCAUAGUAUUGAUGGACUGUCAUUUCUCUUUGCUUAUUUGAGCUGUUCAUGCCAUAAUAUGGACUUGGUCUUUGACCAAAUAAGGCUAUCUUCUGUAUACCACCCCUACCUUGUCACAACACAACUGAUUGGCUCAAACACAUUGAGAAGGAAAGAAAUUCCACAAAUUAACUUUUUACAAGGCACACCUGUUAAGUGAAAUGCAUUCCCGGUGACUACCUCAUGAAGCUGGUUGAGAGAAUGCAAAGUGUGCAAACCUGUCAUCAAAGGCUACUUUGAAGAAUCUCAAAUCUCAAAUAUAUUUGUAUUAAUAACACUUUUUUUUGGUUACUACAUGAUUCCCUUUGUGUUAUGUCAUAGUUUUGAUGUCUUUACUAUUACUCUACAAUGUAGAACAUAGUAAAAUAAAUUAAAACCCUGCAAUGAGUAAGUGUUUCCAAACUUUUGACUGGUACUGUAUAUUUUCAGAGUAGCUUCACUGCUGACCUGUGACCAAAUGUUUUUUUUAUGUAUGUCACAGAACCAGAGCAUCCAAGAAAAGUAUCAGGGUCUGAUAAAUACAUUUGGAAUUUAACUGUUUUGGUUUUUGCUUUGAGUCAUUUCAUUUUAGUUGGCUAGACAUUACAACAUCAUGUAGGCUUUAUCUAUUUAUCUGUAUUGAGUUCUAUGUUAAACCUAUAAGCCUAUACACUACAGUUUGAAUGUGCUUUACGUGACACCACUCAAUUCUUGGUUGGCCUUUAUGGAAAUUCAAAAUAAUCACAUUCUCCAUGCAAUAAUUACCCCAACAACACACAAAGAUGGCGCCGUACUGUAUGGUUGCUAUUUUGUGAUUAUUUGUCCUUGUUUUAUAGUAAGCCUACUACUUAUUGAUUACUGCAUUGUUGGGAAAGAGUUUGCAAGAAAGCCAUUUCACUGUUCUUGUGCACGUGACAAUAAAACUUGACAUUUGAACCUGA